AUGGGGAGGGUAGAUGUAGCUGCGGCGAAGAGGUCAUACCGGAAAGCGGCGGAAGUGGGUAACCGUGGAGAAGAGGCGAGGUGGGCCAACAAUGUCGGCGAUAUUCUUAAGAAUGAUGGAGAGUACGUCGAGGCUCUCAAAUGGUUUCGAAUCGAUUACGAUAUCUCCGUAAAGCACUUACCUGGGAAGGAUUUGUUACCUACUUGUCAGUCUCUUGGCGAGAUCUAUCUCCGCCUCGAAGAUUUCAAAGAAGCCUUGAUCUAUCAGAAGAAGCAUCUACAGCUUGCUGAAGAGGUUAAUGACACUGUGGAGAAGCAACGAGCUUGUACGCAACUUGGUCGUACCUACCAUGAACUAUUUUUGAGGUCUGAGGAUGAUUGUGAUGCCAUUCAGAGUGCUAAAAAGUAUUUUAAGAAAGCCAUGGAACUUGCAAAGGUUCUCAAGGAGAAACCACCUCCUGGUGUAUCGAGCAGCUUUCUUGAGGAGUAUGUAAACGCACAUAACAACAUUGGUAUGCUUGACCUUGAUCUUGAUAAUCCUGAUGCAGCCCGCAAUAUUCUCAACAAAGGGCUGAAUAUUUGCGAUGAAGAGGAGGUGAAAGAAUAUGAUGCUGUUCGUAGUAGGCUUCAUCAUAACCUUGGAAAUGUUUUUCUGGAGCUGAGAAGUUGGGAUGAAGCAAAGAAGCACAUCGAAAUGGAUAUCAAUAUCUGCCAUAAAAUCAAUCAUUGCCAAGGAGAAGCCAAGGGGUAUAUCAAUCUUGCUGAAUUACACUACAGGACCCAAAAGUACGAGGAUGCACUUUUAUGUUAUGGUAAAGCUUCUACUCUAGCGAAAUCUAUGCAAGACGAGAGUGCAUUGGUUGAACAGAUUGAGCAAAAUAUCACGAUAGUCAAGAAAGCCAUUAAAGUUAUGGAAGAAUUGAGGGAAGAAGAGCUUAGGCUUAAGAAGUUGUCUGCAGAAAUGACUGAUGCCAAAGGCACUUCGGAGGAACGAAAGUCUCUGCUCCAAGUACAUGCUUUACUUGAACGUCUUAUUGAGAAAUCUAGCAUGGUAUUUGCAUGGCUUAAGCAUCUUGAAUAUUCAAAAAGGAAGAAGAAAAUAUCAGAUCAACUCUGUGACAAGGAAAAGCUGAGUGAUUCCUUCUUGGUUGUCGGAGAGUCUUACCAAAAGCUCAGAAAUUUCAGUAAAUCCCUGAAGUGGCUCGAUAAAAGUUAUCAGGGAUACGAAGCAAUCGGUAAUCUGGAGGGUCAAGCACUAGCGAAAAUUAACAUAGGUGAUGGUUUGGACUGCAUUGGCGAAUGGACAGGAGCACUCCAAGCAUUUGAAGAGGGGUACAGAUUUGCUUUGAAAGCUAAUAAUCCUUCAGUUCAGCUUUCUGCACUGGAACAUAUGCAUUAUAGCCAUAUGAUCAGAUUUGGGAAUGCUAAAGAAGCCAGGGAGUUGAAGGAGAAAAUAGAAAAUCUGAAGGAGUCAGAACAUGGUGGGAGAGCCGAAUGUGGUACAGAAGAUGAAUGCUCUGAAACCGACUCAGAAGGGCAUGUGAAUAUAUCAGAUGAUAGGCCAAAUGCAUGUAUCUCACCAGAACCUCAAACAUCAAAUUUACUUAGAUCAGAACCGUUAGCAGAUCUGGACGACCCAAAUGAUGAUGUGCCACUAAUUUCAUUUCUCAAGCCUGGUAAACGUCUGUCCAAAAGGAAACAAGUUUCAGGAAAACAAGAUGUUGACACUGAUCAGACUAAGAAAGAUUUCUCUGCAGCAGGAGAUUCUCAGCAGACAGUCGUUGGUCGUAAGCGUAUUCGUGUAAUCCUCUCUGACGAUGAAAGUGAAACUGAAAAUGGGUUGGGAUCCCCUAAAGGCAGUUUUCACAAUGUUCCAAGGCAGAAUGAGGAGGUUUCUGAGGAAAGUAUGUAUUUUGAUGGUGCUGUUAAUCAUACGGAUAAUCGUGUCAUUCAAGAUAAUGUAGAAGAAGGUUCUUGCUCAUAUACAUCUCUCCAUCCCGUUAACGAAGCUCCAAAUGUUGGCAAUUGUAGACCUCAGAGCAAUAAUAAAGCUGUUGAGACAGCUGAUUGUAGUAAAAGAGGAUCUCAAUGUGAUGCUGGCAACUCCAAUAGCACACAUUGCAAAACUGGAGCUGCCCUCGUGAACUUCCACGCUUACUCCAAAAGUGAGGAUCAAAAAAUUAAAAUUGAAAUUGAAAAUGAACACAUGGCCUUAGACUCGUGUUCUGGCAAUGAUGAGUCUGUGAAGGUGGAGCUUACUUGCUUAUACUAUUUACAGCUUCCUGAUGAUGAAAAAUCUAAAGGUCUGUUACCGAUCAUUCAUCAUUUGGAAUAUGGUGGUAGAGUUCUGAAACCGUUGGAUUUAUAUGAGAUUCUCACAGGGGCUUCUGAAAAUGUUGUGAUUGAAGCUUCUGUUAAUGGCUGGGUUCACAAGCGCCUGAUGAAAUUAUACAUGGACUGUUGCCAGAAGUUGUCAGAGAAACCCAGUAUAAAAUUGCUUAAAAAAUUAUAUAUUUCAGAGGUGGAGGAUGAUAUCAAUGUGUCAGAAUGUGAACUGCAAGAUAUAUCAGCUGCUCCUUUAUUGUGUUCCCUCCAUGUUAACAAUACAGUUGCUAUGCUGGAUCUCUCCCACAAUAUGCUAGGGAACGGAACAAUGGAGAAACUGAAACAACUUUUUGCCUCAUCAAGCCAAAUGUAUGGUGCUUUAACUUUGGAUUUGCACUGCAAUCGAUUUGGUCCAACUGCUUUGUUUCAGAUCUGUGAAUGUCCUGUCCUGUUCACUCGGCUGGAAGUCCUCAAUGUAUCCUGGAAUCGACUUACAGAUGGUUGUGGAUCUUACCUCUCAACUAUCUUCAAAAACUGUCGGGCACUUUACAGCUUGAAUGUGGAACAUUGUUCACUCACAUCUAGAACAAUCCAAAAGGUUGCUGCUGCUUUGGAUUCAGAGUCAGGACUUUCACAACUCUAUAUAGGUUAUAAUAACCCUGUUUCAGGGAGUGCUAUUCAAAACCUCUUGGCUAAACUGGCUACUCUAAGCAGCUUUACAGAACUGAGCAUGAAUGGCAUAAAGCUGAGCAGCCAAGUUGUUGAUAGCCUUUCCGCAUUUGUUAAGACUCCAUCGUUGUCAAAACUUUUGGUUGGCAGCAGCGGAAUAGGAACGGACGGAGCUAUAAAAGUCGCUGAAUCUCUAUGUUAUCAGAAGGAGGAAACUGUGAAGCUAGACCUUUCAUGUUGUGGACUAGCGUCUCCUUUCUUUCUUAAGCUCGUCGGAGAUAUCACACUAACUUCUAGCAUUCUUGAGCUCAAUGUUGGUGGAAAUCCAAUCACUGAAGAGGGAAUCAGUGCACUGGCGAUGCUGCUUACAAAUCCUUGUUCAAAUAUUAAAGUUCUGAUUCUAAACAAGUGUCACCUGAAGCUCGCUGGAAUUCUAUGCAUAAUUCAAGCACUUUCAGAUAAUAAGAAUCUCGAAGAGCUUGAUCUUUCUGAGAAUGCGAAAAUGGAUGAGACUAUGUUUGGCCAACCUGUGAAACAAAUCUCAGAAAUGGGACAGCAAGUACAUGGAGCAUUUGAAUCUGUCACCGACAUGGAGAAAGAAGUAGAGUUAUGUGAAACCAACAUGGACUGUGAUGGUCUCGAAGUUCCAGACAGCGAAGAUGAGCAAAUGGAGGAACAAACUGCAACCUCGACAAGUCUUAGUUUACCACGCAAGAACCAUAUCAUCAAUGAGCUUUCAGCCGCUCUUGCGGUGGCUAACCAAUUGCAGAUUCUGGACCUAAGCAACAAUGGGUUCUCAGUUGAAGCCUUAGAAACAUUAUACAUGUCAUGGUCAUCAUCAGAAUCGCGAACCGGCAUAGCCCAAAGACAUGUAAAAGAUGAGAUUGUUCAUUUUUAUGUCCAAGGAAAGAUCUGUUGUGGAGUCAAACCAUGCUGCAGAAAGGAUUGA